UCCUUGAGAUGCAGGAUGAAAGACUCAACUGUGCCAGCAGGAUUUAGGAUUUAGGAUUAUCAUUAAUCCACACAUUCAGACUUUGACAUGCGAGAGAAAAAUUAUGAAACCCAAGGGAUAUAUCCUACCCACCAAAUGUUCACAUUAAAAUACUGUUGCUGAUAUUUCUCUCCAGCCUGUCAAAAGCCCAUGGCACCAAUCGGAACGCACGUCUCUCAGGACAAGGGGACGCCAACUAAGUACGCGCGGAUGGAGAGCUGCUUGGAGAGUGUUGGCGGUGCAUAAUCGCAUUAUCUGAUCUGCGAAAACGCAGCCCAGUCUCAUAAAGAUAUUCUUUAUUAGUAGUUUUUUUAAAUUGUUUUCUCCCAUUCAUUAAAAUGCCACUCUUCAUAAACCGAGACCAGAUAUUUGCGCACCAAGUGCACCUUCUGGAGCACAAACUGCGGAGCAAAGAAGAACGCAUUCUGGAGUUGGAGACUGAAAAUGCCAUUCUUCACCUGAGGCUCGCCGAUUGUCUGGGGAAACUUCGUCGGGAUCAUGCGGAAGAGGCAGAAGCAGAAGCCCAGAAGCGUUGGCAGCACCAGAGAGUUGUGCAGCAAAGCACCCAGUCUGCCCUGGCCAAACUUCUGUCUGAAGUACAGAUUUUGAAGCAGGACCUGAGAGAGGUGUUUGCGGUGUAUGUGAACUUCGCCACUGAGCUGGAGAACCAGAGCAGGCUGCUGCUGGAGCAAGUCGGCCAAGCCAGCUCCGCCCUCCAGGGCCACCAUGGCAAUGACGUGCACAGUUUGCAGGCUCAGGUGGAGGCUCUAGAGCGCUCUCUACAGGAGGAGAAGGAGCGGAGCAGGACUGAGAGGGAGAGGAGGAAGAUACUUCACAACACCUUGGUGGAGCUACGGGGGAACAUCAGGGUCCACUGCAGAGUGCGUCCGGUCCUUCCCUUUGAUGAUGGCCAGGGAUCAACAUUAGCAAUAGGGCCUGCUACAACAGAAGAGGUGGUUCAGGCAGUUAAUGAUGAUACAGUUGUUGUGAAUUGUACUAGAAUGGGGAACCCGGGGUUGAACAAGAUGUUUGAGUUUGAGAGGGUGCAUUGUCCUGAGGACUCCCAGGAUGCUGUGUUUGAGGAAGUGAAGCCUCUCCUCACCUCUCUGCUGGACGGGUAUAACGUGUGCAUCAUGGCGUACGGACAGACAGGUAGUGGGAAGACACACACCAUGAUCGGCUCCCAGGCUGAGGACCACUCAGGACCACAGGGGGAGGCCCGGCAAGGCGUUAUUCCCAAAGCAGCCACUGAACUCUUCAGGCUGAUAUCGGAGAAGCCUGCUGAGACUCACACAGUGGAGGUGUCUGUGGUGGAGGUGUACAACAACGAGGUGUUGGACCUGCUGGCUAAAGACGAGGACGGGGUUGCCAUGGGCGCCAAGAGAGAUGUCAUCACUACCAGCACAGGGACCAGCGAGGUGCCCUCACUCUCCUACGUGUUGGUGAGAAGCUCAGCAGAUGUGAUGCAGCUGAUCAGCUCUGUUCUGAGGCUGAGGGCUCGCUGCCCUACACUGGUCCACAGAGACUCCUCACGCUCUCAUCUCAUAGUCACCCUCACUGUCUCCUCCAAGAGCCCCAACGCACUGGCUCUGGCUCGUAGGUUGCAAAGCGUCAAGAAAGACAUGCAGCGCAAGGCCCAGAAGGAGUGGUGGAGCCCCCGCUGUCGCCGUGCCAACCCAAUGGCCCGCCAAUCGGGGGACGAGCGUUCCACUAGCUCCUCCUCCUCGCCCUACCACUCCCCCAGCCACUCUCCCAUUCACUCCUCUUGCCCCUCCCCCAGAGCCAGCACCGCCCAGGCUCCCUUCAGGACCAAACUACAGCUGGUGGACCUUGCAGGUAGCGAGUGUGUGGGUAUGUCAGGGGUGACAGGCGCUGCCUUGUGGGAGACGUCGUGUAUAAACCGCAGUCUGUCUGCUCUGUCUGACGUACUGGGAGCUCUGGCAGAGCAACGGCCACAUGUGCCCUACAGAAACAGCAAGCUCACACACCUACUGCAGGACGCCAUAGGUGGGGAUGCGAAGCUGCUGGUGAUGCUGUGUGUCUCUCCCACCCAGAGGUAUAUGACUGAGUCUCUACAGUCUCUGGGCUUCGGCACGCGGGCUCGCCAGGUCCAAAAAGAUACCCCUCGCAGGAAGAACAUUGCCCUCAAACUGAAGUAAUGAAAGGAGAGCAGAGCAGAGGAGUAUAGAAGAGAAAGGGGAGAGAGGGGAGAGAGGGGAGAAAGGGGAGAGAGGGGAGAAAGGUCCAAGGCUGUGAUGGGAUGGUCAAGGGUAGAACAGAGGUUCCCCUCAAGUAGGGUUGCAAAAUUCCUGGAACUUUCAGGUUUUCCAGAAAUCCUGGUUGGAGGUUUCUGCUUAUUCCCUC